AUGCUCCGACUCACGAAAAUCCCCAGACCUCCCCUAAACAUCCUCCACCUCCGCCUCCAAUCCCUAACCACCGCCGCACCACCCGCCGGAGCUCCACCGCCACCGGCCGCAAACCCCACAUCACCGAUCAACGAAUCACACCUCCUCCGAGUCUGUACAGUCCUCUACCAGCAGCAAAACGCCCCAAACACUAAGCUCCAUGCCAGCCUCACCAAAACGCGAUUCGAUCUCAGCCACGAGUUUUUCCUCCAAGUCUGCAACAAAUUCCCAUAUUCAUGGCAGCCCAUUUACAGAUUUCACUUAUUCUCCACAUCCCAACCCAGUUUCGCCCACACACCCACCACCUUCAACAAGAUCCUCGACGCUGUCGGAAAAUCAAGAAACAUCGACCUUUUCUGGGAACUCUGCCGGGAAAUCGGUCAACUCCGUCUGGUCAACGUCAAGACCUACAUAAUUGCCUUAAGAACGUUGGCUGCAGCUAGGGAGCUGAAAAAAUGUGUCGAGUUUUUCCAUUUGAUGAAUGGGUUCGGGUAUGUGUAUAAAGUUGAGACCUUUAACAUAGUUGUUGAGUUUUUAUGCAAAAAAAAGCUUGUCUUGGAGGCUAAUCAUGUUGUGACUAAGUUGAAAGAUUGGAUCAAGCCCGAUGCGAUUACCUACAGAUGGUUGAUCUACGGUUUUUGCGAUGUGGGCAACUUAAUCGAGGCCUCGAAGUUGUGGAAUUUAAUGGUGGAUGAGGGUCUCGAGCCGGACGUGAACGCGAUUGAGGUCAUGUUGGAGACCCUUUUCAAGAAGAAUAAGUUUGACGAUGGUUUCAAGCUUUUCCACGACACCCGGGCUAAAAGAAUCGAGUGUUUGGGCCUUUCAACUUACAAGCUCAUGAUCAAAUGGCUUUGCAAGAAAGCCAAAAUGGGAGAAGCACACGUCGUGUUCGACGAAAUGCGUAUGAGAGGGAUAGAGCCCGAUAACGAGAUAUUUGGGUCAAUUGUUUACGGGCUUUUGAGCCGAGGAAGGGUGAACGAGGCUCACAAAAUCUUCAAAGACAUUGAGAAUCCGGACAUAUCUUUGUACCACGGGAUGAUCAAGGGUCUCGUGAAGCUAAAAAAGGCGAGCGAGGCUACGGAAAUUUUUCGUGAGAUGAUAAGAAGGGGGUGUGAGCCUACAAUGCAUACGUAUAUCAUGUUGUUGCAAGGGCAUUUAGGGAAGAGGGGAAGAAAAGGGGAGGAUCCUUUGGUCAACUUCGAUACUAUUUUCGUGGGGGGUUUGGUCAAGGCCGGAAAGCCGUUGGAUGCGGGCAAGUACGUGGAGAGGGUGAUUGAUAGAGGGGUUGAAGUGCCGAGAUUCGAUUAUAAUAAAUUUUUGCAUUGUUUUUCGAACGAAGAAGGUGUUGCCAUGUUCGAGUCCAUGGCUAGGAAGUUUAGGGAGGUGGGGUUGUUUGAUUUGGGUGAUAUUUUCGAGAGGUAUGGUUUAAAAAUGGCGACUAGAGAUCGGAGGAGAAGUAGAGAAGUCGAGCCCUUGAAAGAAGGUUCUUAA